AUGACAGAAGCAAUUGAAAAGCGAAGAAUUCUCCUAGAGCCAUACCGGAACGUUCACCCAGAGGCGACAACUUCCUAUUCCGCUGGUGGAACUCUGAUUCUGAAGAACAUAAACAUUGACAUCAAGCCCGGGGAGAAGAUCGGAGUUUGCGGACGGACAGGUAGUGGGAAGAGCUCAUUAAUCAUGACUCUCCUACGUUUGCUUGAAGUCACACCUGAGAGUACUAUUAUUAUCGACGGCGUGAAUAUAACUAAUAUCCCUAGGCAGGUUGUUCGCUCCGCUAUCAAUGCCAUCCCACAAGAUGCUUUUGUAUUAAAAGGGUCAAUUCGUCUCAAUGCUUCCCCUUCAGAAAAGCAUAGCGAUGAAGAGAUCAUCGAUGCACUCUGCAAAGUCCAUCUUUGGGCCCUUAUUGAGUCUAAAGAGGGACUUGAUGUGGAUUUGGAUGUGGAUUUCUUUUCGCCUGGCCAGAAACGGCUUUUCUGUCUCGCCCGAGCUCUUCUCCGUAAGGGGAGAAUUGUUGUCGUGGAUGAGAUCUCUAGCAGUAUUGACAUUGCUACCGACAAAGUCAUCCAGCAAGUGAUUCGCCAAGAGUUUGAAGAAGUCACAAUCAUUUCGAUCGCACAUCGGCUUGACAGCAUCGUUGAUUUUGAUCGCAUCGCAGUGCUCAGUGAUGGGCAAUUGUUGGAAUUUGACACUCCCCAAACGUUAUUGAACGAACGAUCUGCGUUCUGGGAUUUGUAUAAUCCGUAA